CUCUGUUGAUGUCAUAAACAAUUAUUCACAAAUUUAUGAAAUACUGUAAAAAAUUGACAGCUACCUAUAUUUGUACCCAACCAAGUUUUCUCCAUAAUAAGUCCACUCUCUCUGUGCUUUAUUUUCUGAGCCACUUCUCAGUCACUCAUAACUCUCCCUAAUCCCAUGGCUUAUUCAGUAACAAAAGGCUCAUCAGCUUCUGGUUUCAGUUUCACAGAACACUGGCUUUUGAUGAUAUCCAUUACCCUCAUUUGUGGAAUUCUUGGUUACUUAAUCUAUGAUGCAAUAAUGGCUACUGCAUCAGAGCUGCUGCAACGUUUGUUGGUAAUUUCUCCAUUGCUUUUAAUCAUCAUUGUUCAUUGGCUCUCCACUGGUAGCCAGUUGAACUUUCCCAUGCCAGGAUCUGAACCAAGUGCUAUCCAUAGAGCUGGUGGUUCUCCUUGGGGUGUUGCCUUUGUCCUUUUGUUGCUUUUCUUUCUUAUUUCCUACCAACCCUCCUUGCAUGACCUUAUUUCUUAGCAUAUCGCUCCUAUUAUAGUCGCAGUUUUGGCAGAAUCAUCAUGUGUUACCGUGAUUUUGGAAGGUUUCACCUUGAUUUUGCCAAAGUAUGUGUGAAUCUAGACAUGAGAAGAUGAAGUGCAUGUAUGAGAUGUAGGGGUUUACUUUUUGAAGUUAUAUUAUUAGCUUCUUGAUUCUGUUUCUAACAAACUUGAAAUGGUAUCCAUGUGUUCUUUGUAGUAUAUAUGAAAUGAGAUAAUAAUUAGCUAGCUAGAUUGUAGUAUGAA